UAUCCUUCCGCAAAUGUCAGUCCCAGGCAUUAACCACACACACCUCGCAGCCAUUCCUAUAAUCUGAAGAAUCGAGAGCUAUUAGCCAUAGGCCAACAUCUCUCUUUACAGGAUUUAAUCCUCUUUUACACUGUAGGGACUACUUUUUAGGGAUGAACCAUUUCUUCCUUUAGCUAACAAACGUCUAUGACCUUCGAAACCCUUCCGCGGAUGAUAGAAUACGAAAAUACACUUUAAAACGCACCUUUUCAUAAAAAUAUUCUGUGUGGGCCCUCAGAGGCCACGGAAUCUUCUCGUAUUCCUGAAGCAGAAUGGUAUGGUCCAAGGCCCGCCCUCUCUUCUCUGCGAUUGGCUCCCCUUCUUCGGCAAGACGUGUGACUCCUGACCAAUGGACACUCACGUUUCUCUAGCGAGGGAUAUGCGAUAGAAGGAGGCGGCCUGGAAGUCGCCCCCUACGCGUUCUGGGAUUGGCUACGUCGCACGGCGCGCGAGCACGGCGGGCCUGAAGGAUGGGAACUACGACUCCCAGCUUCCUAAGAUGAGGACUCCGCUACGCAUGCGCAUGGGCGGGGCAGCUAGGCUUCUAUAUAAAAGGGGUGCAGAGGGCUGGGAGGCAGCAGUUGGAAGUUGGCAGGUGGAGAGGCAGGUUGGGAGGGGAAGUCGGGGGAGGAGGCGGAAGAGUUGCUGUCGGAAGGGGGAGGAGGGAGGAAAAGAGGAGGAGGCGGUGGAGAUCUGAGCUGAGCCGAGCAUCGAGCCAAAGGGGAGAUGAGUUUGUCUGUCCUCGGCUGAGGCUCCGGCCGGGCCUAGGGAACUGGGAGCUCGGGUUGGAGCGACACCCGUGGAAGUGGGAGGAGGUGACUCUGGGACUUUAACCCCUUGUGGGCUCUGCGGCAGGGGAUUUAACCCUUUGUGGAUUCGGCCCCUCGGAGGCAGCGUCAUCGGGUAGUUUUAACCCCUUCGGGGCUGGGUUUAACCCGUUGGACUUAACCUCAUCUCCUUGCCCACCAACUCCUCGAUCGUGGGGGCGCUCUGCGGGGAGGCUUGAGGUCCACCCCUUUAGCACAUUACGUACGGUUACUGCUGCUGCACCCCCUGGACCCGCUAGCUGGCCGUGCUGUGGGCACUUAACCCUUUACUGACUUGAGCGCUCCCAAGUUGCAAUUGGAGUUUGUUUACAGAAGGACUGGCUAAAGGCGUCACUUCAGGAAUUACAGACCGAAGCGGACUCUGCUGGACAUUUUUUAAAAGAAAAGGAAAACCUCUUUUUUCCUUAAGGACUUACAGCCAAAAUUUUCAAACUUCGAGAAGAGGACUCUAUUAGCCAUGGCCGAGCCACUCUUGUCAGAAUACCAGCACCAGCCUCAAACUAGCAACUGUACAGGUGCUGUUGCUGUUCACGAUGAGCGGAACCCCGAUCGCCCCCCUGGCGCGGAGGAGCGCGUGCCCGAGGACGACAGUAGGUGGCAAUCGAGAGCGUCCCCCCAGUCGGGUGGCCGUCCGGGGCAGGAGGGGGAAGGGAGCUUGGGGCCGCAGCCACCUCCCCUGCAGACCCCGGUCCGUCCAGAACCUAGUUGUCCGGAAGCAGGCAAGAAGGGCCAGUAUGGGGACGACUUGUCUGCUGGCGGAGCCUCCCCGCCGGCAGCUGGGGGGGAACCGAAGCCCGAGGCCGAGCCUCUCGCACAGCCAUGUCUUGAUUCCGAGGCCAACAAGUUGGGGGCUCCUGCUGCGGGGGGCGAGGAGGCGUGGGGACAGCAGCAGAGACAGCUGGGCAAGAAAAAACAUAGGAGACGCCCCUCCAAGAAGAAGCGGCAUUGGAAACCGUACUACAAGCUAACCUGGGAGGAGAAGAAAAAGUUCGACGAAAAACAGAGCCUGCGAGCUUCAAGGAUUCGAGCUGAGAUGUUCGCCAAGGGCCAGCCAGUAGCACCCUAUAACACCACGCAGUUCCUCAUGGAUGAUCACGACCAGGAAGAGCCGGAUCUCAAAACAGGUCUCUACCCCAAGCGGGCCGCUGCCAAAUCCGACGACACUAGCGAUGAGGACUUCAUGGAAGAAGCGGGCGAGGAGGAUGGGGGCAGCGACGGGAUGGGAGGAGACGGCAGCGAGUUUCUGCAGCGGGACUUCUCGGAGACCUAUGAGCGGUACCACGCGGAGAGUCUGCAGAACAUGAGCAAGCAGGAGCUCAUCAAAGAGUACCUGGAGCUGGAAAAGUGCCUCUCACGCAUGGAGGACGAGAAUAACCGGCUGCGGCUGGAAAGCAAGCGGCUGGGCGGCGACGACGCGCGCGUGCGGGAGCUGGAGCUGGAGCUGGACCGGCUGCGCGCCGAGAACCUCCAGCUGCUGACGGAGAACGAACUGCAUCGGCAGCAGGAGCGAGCGCCGCUGUCCAAGUUUGGAGACUAGACUGAAACUUUUGGGGGGGAGGGGGCAAAGGGGACUUUUUACAGUGAUGGAAUGUAACAUUAUACACAUGUGUAUAUAAGACAGUGGACCUUUUUAUGACACAUAAUCAGAAGAGAAAAUCCCCCCGGCUUUGGUUGGUUUGGUAAAUUUAGCUUUGAUGUAGCUUGCGUGCUUUUCUCCUGUUCUUUAAUUACGUGAAUCUGAAGGGUUGCUUUUGUUUUCCUUUUUAGAAGUUUUUUUUUUAAUGUGUAAGUAACUUGACCAAGUUAUAAUGCAUUUUUCUGUUAAAAAAAAAUCCCCUCCUUAAACGGAGUUAUAAGGUGGCCAAAUCUGAGAACCAUUAAAUUCAUUCUAGCUAUAAUAAAUUUAAUAUUUGUAAAUGUAACAUAGUUUCAGUGUGAUUUCUAGAGCUAAUUCAAAAUAGUGCUGAUUUAAGUGAUUGCAUUGGGGGGGUAGAGAAAUCCUUAAAUUUGUCAGUUUGCAAGAAAACAAUCUUUGAUGGGACAAUUUUCAAUUUGAUGAUUUUUCCCUUGGAUGAGUUUUAGUGUGCUAAAUAUACAGUUCAGACAAAAUAUAAAGAUUAUCUUCAACACUUAA